AUGUACUUUUUCCUCAGCCACUUGUCCUUUGCUGAUUUUUGUUACUCUUCAGUACUUACACCCAAACUGUUAGAAAACCUGGGUGUGGAAGACAGAACUAUCUCCUUUAGAGGGUGCAUCAAGCAAUUCUUCUUGGCUUGCAUAUUUGUGGUGACAGAGACAUUCAUGUUGGCAGUGAUGGCCUAUGAUCAAUUUGUAGCAGUUUGCAACCCCUUGUUUUAUGCGGUUACAAAGUCCCUAAAGCAUUGUUUCUUGUUGGUGGCUGCCUCAUAUUAUUGGAGUAUAGUGUGUUCCUUGACAGUCACCUACUUUCUGUUGACAUUAUCCUUCUGUGGGACCCAGCUCAUAAGCAACUUUGUCUGUGAGCAUGCUGCCAUUGUUGCUGUGUCCUGCUCUGACCCCUACAUUAGUCAAAAGAUAAUUUUAGUGUCUGCCACAUUCAAUGAAAUAAGCAGCCUGAUGAUCAUUCUUACUUCCUAUGCUUUCAUAUUCAUCACUGUCAUGAAGAUGCCUUCCACUGGAGGACGCCACAAAGCCUUCUCCACCUGCGCCUCCCACCUAACCGCCAUUUACAUCUUCCAUGGAACCAUCCUUUCUCUCUACUGUGUGCCUAACUCCAAGCGCUCAUGGCUCAUGGUCAAGGUGGCCUCUGUGUUUUACACAGUGGUCAUCCCCAUUCCGAACCCCCGAUCUACAGCCUCAGGAAUAAAGAUGUAAAGGAGACAGUCAGGAAGUUAAUCAAUACCAAAUUAUUCUGUUUUAAAAAUCUACAUCUAUAAAUAUUUCAUUUUCUCUUAAUGAGAGUACUGGUGAGAAUUAAUCAACAGUAAGUCAGUAC